AAACCACAAAAGAAAAAAUUAAUUGUAUCUAAACAAAAAAAAAUUAUUUCAGCAGCCAUUACAACAGUUAAGUCAUCACUAAGUAUAAACAUACAACAAUCUAACCAACGACGAUGGAUAGAAGAAGAUUACUAGGACCAUUGAAUACCAUCAUACCGAACAUAGGUAUAUCGUCUAAUCCCAACGACAUCAAACCAGAUACCACCAUUGAUAAUGAUGAAGUGUCUGCUAAUCAAAUUCAAAAUUUCUUCUUGAAAACAGGUAUAAUUGAAAAUGCCAAUGGAUCAGCAUAUUUGGAAGUAGGAAAUAGUAUUAUAGAAGUGCUGGUGUUUGGACCUAGACCUAUUCGAGGAUCAUUUGUCGAUCGUGCUUCAUUCUCUGUUGAAUGUAAGUUUCUUCCUUAUAUUACUCAACCAGGUGAACAAAUCUAUAAUACUACUAAUCAAUUUAAUAAUGGAAAUAGUAAUACUAAUGCCAAUGGUAGAACUGGGUUAACUACGAUAGAACAAAGGAUAUCGGCAUAUGUUGAAACGGCAUUGUUACCAUCUAUCAUUCUUGAAAAAUAUCCUAAAUCAACGUUUGAUAUCUUUAUAACUAUUAUAUCUACCGAAGAAGGUGUUAAUAACAAUGAUGAAGAUGAUGAUAAUAGUGCUCCUAACGAACAAUUGUUAAGAUUAACAAAUUGGAUUGUCAAUUGUUCAUCAGUAGCAUUGGUGGAUGCCAGUGUUGAAUUGAAAGAUAUAGUUACAAGUGGUAUAGUUAAGACUACAAGUGAUGGAAAAGUUAUAUUCGAUCCAAGAUCCCAAGGCAAUGAAGAAGAAGAACAAGAAGAAGGUAGUGUUAUUGGUGUUGCCAGUUUCAUGAAUUUAAGAAAUGAUGAGUUGGUAGGGAUAUGGAUUGAACGUCAAGGUGCCAUUAAUGUAGGUGAUACUGAAAUGAAUAAUAUUCUUGAUGGUUGUAAUGAAAUGUCAAAGAAGAUACGAGCAAAUAUUAAUACUUAUUUAGCUAAUAGUUUAGAAUAGUUCUACUUUUAAUAUGUAUAUAUAUAGAGCAUGUUACAAAUGUAUAAUAUGAUAUCAUAAAUUUCAUGGUAUUUAAUUUUUGUUUUUAUGUACUUUUUGUUAAACUCUAUAAUUUGUCAUUUUUAUGUUGUUAGGAAUAUAUACACAUUUUGAUUAAUUAGUAGUAUGAUGAGUAGAAGAUGAUGAUAAUUCUUCUAAUACACUCUUAAUAUCAA